AUUCCUCAUGCACAUUGCGUCAGCAACCACACUUUACUGUGGUCAGCAACAGAAAUAAGAUUGAGAAAUCAGGCAGCACGCCACGCAGCAGCCACAGUUAGUAGGUAAAUACAGAGUACACAUAGUGCGGCAUAAUAAUAAAAAGUGUAUGAAAAUGUGAAUAGGAAAAGAGUCUUGAAAAAGGAAUAAAACCAUUCCGAAAGCUAGACAAAAAGUCAAAAGAGUGUUUCUUUAACAUCCUGGCCAACCUUCUGACUGCAACCCUAAUAAACUAGUUGUUUGUAUAUAUAUAUAUAUAUAUAUACACAUUACUCUAUUAAUACCAAGCCCACUAUAUUAGUCAGACAACCGGAAGCCCACCCUUAAUACGCCCGAUAGAGGAGUGUAUUUUAUGUAGUUAUAUAGGAAAUUCUAAAGUUAGUAAAGGCAACCUUUGAGGGGUAUUUAAAGAACAAAAUUGUUUCAUUAAUAAAGCCCAACGCAGUGUAUUUUUAAAUAUGGAUCAGAAUGAGUUUCUACUCCAUUCAGCCACACAAUUUGGGAACCUAGAUGAAGUACAACAGUUGAUUGAAAGAGGAGCAAUAAUUAAUGAAGUGGAUUCUGAUGGUUUUACGUCACUACAUAUAGCAGCACAGUUCAGCCAUAUAAAAGUAAUCGAAUAUUUAUUGGCACACGGUGCAGAUGUAAACGCAAUCGAAUCUUGGGGAAGGAGCCCUUUACAUUUUGCUGCGCGCAAUGGUGAUCUUGAAAUAGUUCGAUUAUUCACAGAAGCUGGAGCAAAUACGCAUUGUUCAGAUCUCUAUGGAAAUAGGCCUAUUCAUGCUGCUACUGAAGAAGGAUAUGCAGAAAUUGUAAAAUAUUUUUUAGAACAUGGGAUAUUUGUAGAUAUUAUAAAUGAAACCAGCAAAAUGACGCCACUUCAUUUAGCUGCAGAUUUCAGACAUAUAAAACUAACCGAAUAUUUAUUGACACACGGUGCAGAUGUAAACGCAAUCGAAACGUCUGAGAAGAGGAGCCCUUUAUAUUUUGCUUCGCGCAAUGGUGAUCUUGAAAUGGUUCGAUUAUUCAUAGGAGCUGGAGCAAAUAUGCAGUGUUCAAAUAUCUAUGGAAAUAUGCCUAUUCAUGUUGCUGCUGAAUCGGGAAAUCUAGAAAUUGUAAAAUAUUUUUUAGAAAAUGGUGUAGAUGUAGAUAUUAUAAAUGAAAGCAGCAAAAUGACGCCUCUUUAUAUGGCUGCAUGUGGUGGUUACAUCGAAGUAGUAGAUUAUUUACUGUUAAAUAAUGCUAACGUGCGUCUCAAAGAUUGUCAGAAACGGAGUUCAAUUCAUUAUGGUGUUAUGGCAAGGAAUGUAAAAAUUGUUCAUGGCCUUAUAGAAAAAGGAGUUGAAAUGAACGCCAAAGAUAUCUUCAAGAUGACUCCUUUAGAUUUAGCGUGUAGAGAUGCAAAUUUAGAAAUUGUCCAGUUACUUUUAAAAAACGGUGCAGUGUGUAACCUACAGGAGAAAUCCCGGAAUUAUUCUCCACUCCAUUGGGCAUCAGAAACGUGUAAUCUAGAAAUUGUAAAGUAUUUUAUCACCUUAGGGGUAGACGCCAAUUUCGGUACAAUUCAAGAAUAUACUCUUCUGCAUGUAGCUGCUAAAUGGAAUCACAUUACAUUGGUUAAAUAUUUGGUUGAAAUUGGUGCUGAUGUUAACAAGAAAACUAUACCCAAAGGAGCUACUCCAUUAUAUUAUGCGAUAAAAAAUAUAUGCACAGAUAUUGCAGAGUUUUUAAUUCUAAAUGGAGCUGAUCUAAAAGAAGCUGAAUAUAAAGGCAAAUCUACUUUAUCGAUAGCCUUAAAAGAUGUGCCAAGUGAUUAUCCAGAGUCGAACCAGACAAAGUAUAUAGUACUUGCAAAACUAAUAAUCAAAUACACCGUGUUAAUUUACAAUCCCAUUGAAACAUUUAUUCCGGAUGGUUGUCCUUUCUUCAAAGAAUUAUCGCAAUACUAUAACGACUGCCAAAAAGAAAUAACAAGUAUGAGCAGUGUGACAAUACAAAAUAGUACUGUUUCAUUACAUCAAAUAAUGUGCGGCUCCAAUAAAGGCAACGCGUUUGUUCAAUAUCUAUGUAACGACAAUAUUAAAAACGAGUUGGAAAAUAUUGAAGAUUACCUUAAACACUUUUCGAUAUAUGGUAAUAUUCUGCCGUUGUUACAACUUAGGGUUAAGAAAGGUCUUCAAAGAAUGGAAUUACUUAAAGAUGCUGACUUAAUACUGAAAAAAAUUGCAGCUAAGUUACCAUCAGAAAUAAGAUGGAAAGUGUUCGACUACUUAGACAUGACUGAUCUUAAAACUGUGACAGGGUUGCCAGACCGAUUUAUACAAUUCCCCCAACCUGAACUACAAAUUCCCCCAAAAAUGACAUUUUUUAAAAAAAAUCUUCCAAAAUUCAUCUGCCAUUUCUUCUUCUUUUUUCUGAGCUGUCAGCUGUCAUUUCUUCUUUUGGGCUGUCAUCUGUCAUUUUUUCUUCUAUUUUGGCUGUCAAGUGUCAUUUUACCAGCGUAGAAUUUUAGUAGAUUUUAUACAAUAUAUUGUAAAUCUGCCAUUUACAUAUCUUACAAAAUGAUUUUGUGUCAUCUUCCAAUCCUUUAUAGGAUUGGAAGGACCAAUCCAUCAUACAUAGAAUAAUUAAUUAUUAAUGACCCACACCAAUAAAAUUCUAUUAAACAGAUUACCUUUCUUUAAGUUCAGUAUCCGAUGCCCAAGCAAGUCGGUAUUUUCGGGUAUACUCCUUUUCUUUAGGCAUAUUUCUAGAUUAACACAAACACUAAUUUAAAUAAAUUAUGCGUAUUUUGAACACACCAGAAAUAUACCUAACCUUCUUCAAAGUUAAUUUGAAAAGUAAAUAAAGUUAAACAAUAGGAGAUACGAUUUUCUGUGUUUCACAUAGGUACGUACCGUUAUGAAUAUUUAAAUACACCAUCAAGCGCACAAAAACCAAAUUUUGUUGUGUCGCUAUUGAAGAAAACUGUAAUGGUUUACAAAAUAAUUUAAAUAGUUUGUACUAGAUGGCAGAAUCGACUGUAAAUGAAUUUAUAUUCAAAUAUUUUUGUGAAUCACAGUUUAACUUGAAAUUCAAAAUCGGUCAAGCAAUGGAAUGUGUUCUUAAAAUUAUACCCCAAAAAACCCCAAUGCGAAAAAAUUUUCAUCCAAAAAAUCCCCCAUUCAGUGUAUUCCCCCAAAAAAUCCCCCAAACAAGAAAAAAUACCCCAAAUUUGCGGGAAAUUUUCCCAAUCUGGCAACCCUGAACUGUGAUACAAUCAGAUUUUAUUUAAAUAAAAAUGAUUAUUUGUUUGUUUUUAAAAACGUUGAGAGGAGGGGGUAGAGAAAUACCGUGCUCGGGGAAUAAAUUACAGUAUCUAUCCCAUACGUGAAAGUAAAAUUUUUCCCAACCAGUUCGGGUUAUGCGCCGAAUAAGUAAGAUGUAGGUUUUUUAAUCUUUGUAAAUAUAUGGUGUUGUAUCCCUUAUUUGGUUUAAGUCCACUUUAUGUUAUAUCAAAAAUAACAAUUUUUUAUGUUUAUCAUUGUUUUAUGGAAAAAUUAAUUCGAUAUUAAUAUACCAUAUUGAUUUGAUUGGAAUGAUCUCGACCAUUUCUAUAUGGAGGAUAAAGACAAAUACAUCAUUUAAUAUUAAUAUAUUAUACAUAGUAUCUACAACAAUGUAACAUAAUAACAACUUUAUACCAUUUAAAGAGUUUUUCACCCAUAUAUUUUUAGUAGCUCAACCAUGUAUACCUUGCAAGCAGUACUGAUGAUGGAAUUGUCAUUCCGAAAAUGUUCUGUGAUGUAGCCCGAAAGGGUCAUUUUAAUAAAUAUAUCUUUUAUAAA